AUUUCAUUCGUCCUAUUUACAACUCUGCAUACGCACCAUGGCGCACUCUGAAUUUGAGCCAUCCAUCCGCAACCUGCUCGACCAGAACUCGCUUCGCUGGAUCUUUGUUGGCGGCAAAGGCGGCGUUGGCAAGACAACAUGCAGCUCGAGCAUUGCCAUCCAGCUGGCCAAGGUGCGCCAAAGCGUCCUCCUCGUCUCGACCGAUCCCGCGCACAACCUGUCGGACGCGUUCGGCCAAAAGUUCUCAAAGGAGCCCUCGCUUGCCAACGGGUUUUCAAACCUCUACGUCUGCGAGCUCGAUGCCAAGGAUAUCACGAUGGUCAACAAGAUGCUUGGCGGAAGCGAGACGAGCGAGCAAAUCCACGAGCUGCUUGGAAGCAUUCCCGGCAUUGACGAGGCCUUGAGCUUUGCCGAAAUGAUGAACCACUUGGACAACACAGAGUACUCGGUGGUUGUGUUUGACACGGCGCCGACUGGCCAUACCCUGCGUUUGCUCUCGCUGCCGGUGGCCAUCGACAAGGGCCUCACCGCCGCGAUUGGUGCCAUGAACCGUUUUGCUCCCAUGAUUUCGAGCGUCACAUCCAUGCUUGGCCGAAGCGAGCUUCUCGGCAUCAACAACUUGGUUCCGCGACUCGAGCAGCUCAAGCUCCUGACUCAACGUGUCCAAGACCAGUUCAAGGAUCCUGCACGCACGACGUUUGUUUGCGUUUGCAUUGCCGAGUUCCUCUCGCUUUAUGAGACGGAGCGGCUGAUCCAGGAGCUCACCGGUUUCGGAAUCGAUGUCCACAACAUUAUUGUCAACCAGCUGGUGGAGCAGUCGGUCGCUGAUUGCACGUUGUGCGAUGCCCGUGUCAAACUGCAAGGCAAGUACCUCGACCAGAUUGCCGAUCUGUACGAGGAUUUCCACGUCAUCAAGCUGCCCUUGUUGACGGCCGAGGUGCGCGGAUCAAAGUCUCUCACCACCUUCUCCGAGCGACUAGUGGGUCCGGCUGUCGCUUCCAAGGCGACCAGCACGACUGAGGUCUGAGUGCAUUCUUUGUUGUAGUAGUUGUUGUCGUUGUUGUUGCUGUUUUGCAGAGCGGGUGCGCAGCCGGUCUGUGCAAAUAAUUAAACCAACCAAGCCAA